UAUGAAUGUAAAUAAAAAAUGUCGAUCUGAAAGGAACGAAACGAAAUCCCCUCCCAGUGGUGUUUUUAAUGGUAAGCUGUGUCGCGUAAUGCAUACGUAUUCGUGCGAAACAAGUUUGUGCAUAGCUCGUAUCCACUCAGCGCUGGUGUUGUAGUGCACAAAACCACGAUGAGCGCUUCCGAGGGCCACUGGGAACCCUUAGCCGAGAUUUACCUGUCGCAUCCUUUGGUGAAGGAUAAGAAGAAAAGCAUUUAUUGCCUAUGCAGCCGUGUAUUCAUCAAGAAUUAUUACGAUGUGUACGUGUCCACCUUGGAACGAGGUGAUUCCGUGCCCUUGAUAACAUCGAUGGAUCCCAUAACACAAGCAGAGCAGGGCAAUGCUUCAUCAGCAAUACAAUCGGUGGAAGCGAAGUGUGCGGAAGGCGCUGUAGUCGCAGUAGCACAGCAGCCAGCUGGGGGCGGUGGUGACGAAAUAUUAGAUGUGCUGGACCGUGCCGAAGUGGACGAUGUGUUCAUUGAGGAACCUUUGGCUAAGCAGCUAAGCUUUGGACGAGAUGGUGCACGUAAACUGACUUCCAAAUGGGGCGAUCGCGAUCCGGGGACGACCAGUGACGCCAGUUGCUACUUCAGUGCCAGUGCAAGCCACUCCGAUACCAACUACUGUAGCACGGAUGAGCAUGAACAUGUGCUCUAUGCUUCAGGGGGUGGAACGCAGAACAUUGGGGCAGGGUUGACGACAGGCAACAGCAGCGUAAGAAACAUUGUCACAUCCGGCUUGCAUUCCAGUGAUAGUGGAGCAGACCUUUCGGAACGCAUCCAUGAACGGAAACUGUCUCUCAAAGAUGAAUUACUCGAACGCAGCAAAACGAACGCAGGAGACGGCGAGCAUGGCCGUGGAAGCGGCGGGCCUAUCCCAUCGCUUGCGUCAAUGGAACGGAACAACAGUCUUCCAGAAGCGUUCGGGCGGGAAGAUUUACACGAAGCAUGGGAAACGUACUGGAACAAGCACGGUGAAGCAAUAAUCUGGGCGUCGUGGAUUGAAAAGUACAGCGACUACAUCAAUCCGGAGUAUUUAGAGCCGGGAGACCAGGGCCAGGCCACCGGUACCAAUACGCCGCACGAUAAAAGUGAAGCAACACCCGGCACGGCCACCGAGGUGGAUAAAGAUUUUUCUUUCGAUAACGAUGCAAUCACGGCUGCCAGUGCCAUGGAAAUAGUGGUUUCCGCCUGUUCCCCUCAUCCCUACACAAAAUCAACAUGCCAAAUGGCACAUUGGUCGCUACCUUUUGGUGAAGGUGCGGGUGGCAGCGGAUGCGGUAUUGGAGAUGACGGACUUUGGAGCACCCACCGCUCGGGUAGCUGCGAAAAUGAAGCUCUCUUAAGCCCACGUUGUGAUUCGGUUACCUCGAGCAUACCGCUUACGGUGGGCACCACGGACUCCAUGACCAAUGUCACGCGGAUGACAAUUUCCAGUUAUGACUUUUGCAGCUCGAAGGUUAGCUCGGAAAGCUCGAACCUGUCCGAAAGUCUUAGCUCGGAAAUUUCCAACGAAAGCUCGAACAGCUCCGACAUGCUCGAAACGGAAUACUUGGUUGGGGCGAAUCGUGCGACCGGUGCCACGUUACCACCAGACGAAGAGGCUGCGAUGGAUGGGGAGCAGUACUGGCAAAUAUUAUGGCAACAGCACUUCCAAGAGCUGUAUGCCAAGCAGUAUCACCACUUUAUGGCCGAACACGCACAUGACGAAGCGAAUACGGGUUGUGGUGAGCGAAACAGCAGCUCAAAAUACUAUAAACGAAAACGCAACAGCAAUAAUGGUGCAUGCAAAGGCGAUGCACAUUCCUACCAGCUACCACAGCCAGAGCUACAGCUGCCGGAAAUGGUGGCGGAAAUGCGCUUGUCCCAGCCCGAGACUGCGAGUGAACCCAACGAUGGGAACGAGGAGACGAGCAAUAAGGAAAAGAGCUAUGGAAAGACUGCGGAAUCAGCCGAAGAUUUGUCGGCGGUGCUGCAGUCGUACGGUUUGCCGACGGCAUUCGGAAAACAAACGCAGCAACCGGCCGGAGAUGGGGGUGAAGACAGACCUCCUAACGAAAAGCCGAUCAAUCUGAAACGUAGCCACGAGAGUGACAACGAAGAAACGCCGAAAGAACGCUUGAAAGCUGCAUUCGAGCUGAUGGGGUACUGCUUUUCGGACCCGGCGAAUGAGACCGAAUCGAUCAUAAAUAUCUCCGGGGAGGUUGUUUAUCGUAAAAAGCACAUUCGCCUGCACAAUCGGGUGCUGAAAAUGAAACACCACAAACCCAAGCACUCAUACUUCGAUGACGAAGGCAACGAGCUUCAGACUGCUAGCGGUGCCGAUAAGACGGACGCUGCCACCUCGGCAGAUGCACUUCUGCUACACUCUUCCUCCGACGACGAUGAAGCAAAUCCGGGAGCGGUGGGCAGAGCGAGUGUACGAUCGAGUACAAUCCUGGAGAUGAAUCAACUACCACCGGCUGUCGUUGGGAAGGAAGUGGACUCGCUGGAAAGUGGCGACGCUACCGAGAAUGUGUUGGAAACGCCCGGAAUCGCGUCCAGCGAAAGUGGAUGCAACGUUCCGACCAGCACGACGAAGAAGGAGAAGAAAAAGAAGCGCAAAACGAAAUUUGUCGCCAGUCUGCCAGCAGACAUUGCCAACGAUAGAUCGCUGCUAAAGUAUUGGUACAAGCGGUUUUCGCUGUUCUCGCUUUUCGACGCUGGCAUCAAACUUGAUCGGGAGUCGUGGUUCUCGGACCCCGAGAAGGUGGCAGCACACACGGCCGAACGGUGCCGCUCGGACCUUAUCAUCGAUGCGUUCUGUGGUUGCGGUGGAAACACGAUACAGUUUGCUUUUAGCUGUCAAAAGGUAAUCGCGAUCGAUAUUGACCCGCGAAAGAUAGAGAUGGCCAAGCACAAUGCGGCGGUGUACGGUGUGGCAGAUCGAAUAGAGUUCAUCGUCGGAGACUUUAUGCAGCUGGUGGAUCGGUUACAGGCCGAUGUUGUGUUCCUAUCACCACCGUGGGGCGGUCCAGGCUAUCUGAAGGAUGAAGUGUACAAUCUGGAGCAAUCGCUGCUGCCCGUACCGGCUACGCAGCUGAUGGAAGCGGCUCAACGUGUGAGUAAAAACAUAGCCCUCUACUUGCCGCGCAAUUCGAACACGCAGCAGCUGACGAUGCUGGCCGGUCCAAACGGAGCAGUGGAAAUCGAGCAGAAUUUCCUCGACCGAAAGCUGAUUGCACUGACCGCAUACUACGGAGAUUUGAUCAACCAAUAGAUUACGGCUUUGCUUCCAUUAUGCAUUUGUUGUUGAUGUGUGCGCUUCGUACUGAUGAUAUGCGCCAGAAACACCAAGCAGAAACGCCGCUGACAUAUGCUGUAAAGCGUAGCAUUGUAUCUGCAUUCCGCCAUUUUCAAACCCUUACCUUACCGUUGAUGUUUACAUUUCGUUCAAAAAUAACUGUAGUGUAGCGUAUCGCACAAAGGCUAAUUAUUUGUUUCUUCAAUUCAUAUACAAAAAAAGUCUCUAUAAACCCGAUAGCAGUUGAAAUAAUUUCAAAACCCGAAUAGUUUUAAAAUUCUUAUUUUAGCAAUUGAUGCAACCGAACAUCAGUUUUAACACCAGUGUGUUGUCGUGAACCGCGUGUUUUUUUAGAUUUAUGUAGCUGGAAGAUAUGUAUACAUUUUGCGUUCCAAAUGUUUCGUUUGUGAUGUCGCAAAAUGCUAGCCUAUUUUCGUUAGGACAAUCUUGAGCAUAUGUGACUUGACAAACUACUAGGUACUUACACUAUCAAUAGAAAGUUUUAGAAGGAUUGCGUUUGCUUUCAUUAGGAUGAAGUGUUAGGUAAAAUGGUUGUGUUCGUUCCUACACCUUCCUUCGUAAGUUAGGAAAGCAUAUUCUUAGAUAAAUUCAGUUUUGCGUGUGUUGUUCAUGAAUUUCUGUUUACGCUACUGCGAGGAGUGAAUGAUUAAAGUAAAGAAAUAAUAAUAUUAAAUAAAUGGGCAAACCUAGAGGAACUUACAGAAAUUUAACACUAUUAAUAAUAAAAACAUACUUUAUUUGAAA